AUGGAGAAGAUAAAGUCUUCCCGGAUGAAAGCUGACGAGGAUGAGCGCAUGUGCGGCGCACUAGAUAGUGGACUCUUUGCAUCAGCAAUUGGUGUUAUUAUGUGCGCAAAGACGGUGACAAUCGAUGCGGUGAGGGACUUGCCAGAGCGCAAGCCAGCAGCUUGUCAAGCGCGAGCGCCUGUACCACGGCCAGAUCUUGGGGGAUUGUUGUUCUCAUCUCUUGCGACACGAUCAUUAAUACUGUAUCACAAACAAGCGCAGGAGCGCGCUUAA